AAGAUGUCCACGAUCAACAUUCUCCAAGCACAAGCAAUCGUCGAUAAACACUUUGUAGACAUACACCCAACGAUUGCCGCCAUAUCGAAGGUGGCCCAUGGAUAUAGCUUUACGCCAUGCUUGACAUCGUAUAUCCUUGAUUUGGCUUUGGGGGAAUCGGCCGAAGCAACACAUUCUUCGUUCCUUGUCGUCUCAGCGGACCCAGACGCGUCUACCUUGCCACCAUUCACGCCAAACUCACUAUCGGCUUUCCCCAUGCUACUCGAGACCAUCAGAGCUCACACAUCCAUCCCAAUUCCAAGCCCAAUAGUCGACGACACUCGAACGCUGAUACCUUUCGCAUAUCUUAUCACACCCGCAUAUCCCAUCGUGUCAACGAACCUGGUCUCUCUCGCUCAGGCUCGCGCUGCCAAAGUCCUGACGCCCCACCAACUCGCUCUUAUCGACUUGCAGCUUGGUCAAUAUCUUGGAGAGCUGCACAAAGGCGCGCAGAACGACUGGUUUGGUCUGCCCAGCGCUUCCACGCAGUCGUUUGACUGGCAAGAGACUUUCAUCGGUCUCCUUGAGAGUCUCAUGGACGCUCUGGCUAUAAAGCGUGCUGAUCUGCCUAUUGCCGACCUCCGAGCAUACCUUGCACGAGCUAUCUCCGCAUUUCUUUUCUCCGAUGUGGAAGUGCCAUCGUUAGUCUGGUUUACGGGCGGGCCAGACGACGUUUUUCUAGCAUUCACAUCGUCAGGCGACUUUUCCACAUUUGCGAUCCUCCCAGCUGUCGCCCAUGCCCACUGGGGAGACCCACUGUCUGAAACAUUUUUCCUUGACGCGAGCCCUGCGUUUUGGGAGGGCUAUAAGGCAACUCGCGGUGAAGAAGAUAGUGCCAUCAUGGUAUUUCCUCGUCAGAGGACGAAACGGAUCUGGUAUAAUGUCUUCCUUGCGCUGGUAGUCCUCCAAGAGCGCGAUGGAGUAGGGGACGAGAAGACAACAUGGGCAGAGCAGUGUCUACGCGAUUCGGCUCACAGUCUUAAAGAUGCGCCAUGUUCUUAG